AUGGCCCUCCUACUCCCUCAGCGCAGCGGUCUCUGUCUCUCGCAAUCCCUCAUAAACACAGUGUUUGUGAAAUCGCAGUCGGUGAAGCAUGUUAUUUUAACUUCUUCAAUUGCUGCUGUUACAUUUAAUGGAAGGCUUCUGACUCCUAAAGCAGUAGUUGAUGACACCUGGUUUUUCGAUCAUGAACUUUGUAAGGAGUCGAAGUCAUGGUACUGGUAUGUGCUUUCAAAGACAUUGGCUGAAGAUGCUGCUUGGAAAUUUGCAAAAAAAAAAAAAACAAUUAACCCAGCAAUGGAGAAGAAGCCUUAUUCCGAUAAAGUUGCUAAGCUUAAAGCAGAAUAUGAGAAGGAUAUGGAAAGUUAUAAUGCUGCUGAAAUAGGAGGAGAAAAUGGAGAAGGAGAAGGAGAGCAUGAAGAGGGCUGA